UUCUUUCUCAUAGAGAAGUUUGUCUGCUAGUUCGUUUUGUUGGCUAUUCCCCGUAAAAUAGUUACUGGAGUUAUUACUUCUUAGCAGCUAUCUUGGUCGAAGUUGUACGUUGUUAAUUACUUCAAUUUUAAGAAUAUGCUUGCUCUACGGGGAACUCUGAAUGCUAGCCUGGUUAAGGCCUUAGGAAUAAACAACAAUGCCCCAGUACUUUCAAAUGUGUUGUCGACCUCUUCUAUCGUACUGAAACGGAACCAGACUACUGUUCCUCAGACCGGAGCUGAACAAAAUGUAGCUCUGGAUAAGAAGAAAAAAUAUUCUCCCUUUCAAAACACCAACAACAUGGCAGAGUAUGCAGUUGCUCGUCUUGAUGACCUCUUGAACUGGGGAAGAAAGGGAUCUUUAUGGCCUCUCACCUUUGGUCUAGCCUGCUGUGCUGUUGAAAUGAUGCACAUUGCAGCCCCUCGCUAUGACAUGGAUCGUUAUGGUGUGGUAUUUCGCGCAUCUCCGCGUCAGGCUGAUGUAAUCAUCGUAGCUGGAACACUUACAAACAAAAUGGCUCCGGCUUUGCGCAAAGUUUAUGAUCAGAUGCCCGAACCUCGAUGGGUAAUUUCUAUGGGAAGUUGCGCCAACGGAGGUGGCUACUACCAUUAUUCAUAUUCGGUGGUGCGUGGUUGCGACAGGAUAAUUCCAGUUGAUAUCUAUGUUCCUGGUUGUCCUCCUACAGCCGAAGCGCUGAUGUACGGUAUACUUCAGCUACAAAAGAAGGUGAAACGAAUGAAGACUAUUCAGAUGUGCAACACUGACAAUCAGAAAACCAAACGUUUCGCCAAUGAACCUCCUUCUCCAUUAUCCGUCACUUUACGCUUCGUGCCGCUCUUAUCAAUGGCUGCUUGACUCAGAGAUGCAGCCGAUGGUGAGUUUGUUUUAACCCCUAGAAAAAUUCCUCCACAAAACGUUGUAAUUAGACUGAUAAAACGAGAAACCAAUGUGAAACCUGGAAAUUACAACGUAUGUCGCUCCUUUUAUCAGACUGUUGUUCCAAACUUCACGAUUGUCAAUGUAGAAAAACCACCAUGCUAUUUGAGAAAAUUUACCCCUAAUGGCAAGUACUUCAUUGCCUUCUCAUCAGACCAAACUUCUGUGGAGGUUUACAAAUAUCUUGGGCCAAGUGCUGCAGAAGCUUUACUGGUAGAAGUGCCAGGAACAAGAGAAUUCAUUGGCAAUGAUGCCAAUGAAGCUGUAAAUUUAAGAAGUAAAGUGUUUUCAAAAUUUUUCCAAUUAAAGUAUACUAUUCCUGUGACUCCUGUUGGGGAGCAACUAAAUCGCGAAUGCAGUCUUUUUGUUGGUGAUGGAAGAUUUGUUAUUGUCGGUUCAGCUUCGUAUGUUCCCGAGGAACCUCAACCCAACUUCUUCGAAAUUUUUCGCAAUAAUGAAUCCGUCUCGCCUCAUCCUCGUUCUCCAUUGGAAGAUUGCUCGCUCCAUAUUGUAGACAUCGUCAAUGGAAAACUCUGUGAUACUAGAACUUUGAAAACCGACAAAAUUUUUCUUUCACAUAAUCAAGGCCUGUAUCUUUAUGAAGAUACUCUGGCAGUGCUCUCCGUCCAGCAUCAAACGAUACAUAUUUUUCGAAUCACGAGUGAAGGCUACUUUGCCGAUGUGAAAACUAUCGGACGCUUCUGUUUCGAUGAUGACGAAUGGUUGAUCAAUCAGGUGCGCGGCUUGUGGCCAUCGGGCCAAUUAGUUCGUCCCUUUCGAGAAGCCACAGUCAACGCUCUCAAACAUCGAUUGUUAGUAUUUCUCUAUCGAAGGGCAAUCAAGAUGUCUCAGGCAGAAGGAAACCUCUUUCAUGUUCGAAAAUUCUACCAGAAUUUCGACCACAUUCGGGCACUCCGUCUCUGGAAAAUGCAGUUAUUGGAUGAAUCACACCUGCUUCUGAAGUACGCCAGUGAAGAUGUGGUUACUCUUAGAGCUCCUGAUCCCAAUACACAGCCAGCCUUCUUUGUUGUAUACAACAUGGAAAGCGCGCAGGUUAUUAAUGUCUAUGAGAAUACAAGUGAGGAGCUGCUAGACUUAUUCGAAAACUUUUGCGAUCUCCUUCGGAAUGCCACUCAAGGAUCACCGUCCAGCAAUGUUUUCGCCAACGUGAUUCACCAACGCUUCAAGCAGACCAUUGUGAGCGCCCGCUUUGGCGGUCAAACUGAAGCUACUAAGCGGCUUCUUUCCCAGCUUCCUAUUUCUGCCCAAUCGUAUUCUUCUUCGCCUUAUCUCGACCUGCAGCUUUUUUCUUAUGAUGACAAGUGGGUCAGUCUUAUGGAACGUCCAAAAACUAGUGGGGAGCACCCCAUACGAUUUUACGUUCGAGAAUCGGGACUGUUGCGCUUCCGCAUUUAUGCUGGCAUUCUUGGUCGGCCCGCCCCACCUUCUUCAGCUCGUCGUCUUGUUGCCUUCACUUUCCAUCCAACUGACCCAUUUGCCAUAAGUGUUCAACGAACUAAUUCCGAAUAUGUAGUCAAUUUUCACGUUCGCCACAUCUAAGGAGAUGCUGACAAAUAAAAAUAUCUGUUUCGUGAAGUG